AUGCCCAUAACUCUUACCGCUACCUAUACCGCCCAUUCCACGUACUCCCCGCAUCACCCUCACCACCGCCCCGUCCCCUUCACACACACAAUCUUUCCCCCCGACCCAGCGCACCAUUCUAACACCGCACAGAGUAACCCAACCCACGGCCAAAAAGUCAGCACCGACCCCUCCGGUCGCCGCUCCCCGAAAUACGAGCACAGCGGUCCCGUCGCCAAGGACUCACUCGCCGCCGAUUCUCUCCGCGCGGGUGGCUCCUUCUCCGCUGGCGGCCCCACGGGAAUCUCUGGCUCCUCCGGUUUAGGAGGCACAUUUGCCGUUGACCCAAGAGAGGGCGGGGGGAAUGUCAGGACGCUGCAUGCCGGGAAGGAGGGCCUCGAGGGGGGUCUGGGUCAUGCGGAUAGGCAGGUGAGGGAAAAGACGAAGGAGUGCGGUGACUUCUCGGGGAGUGGGAGUAUGGGCGCGUAUAACGUGUCAGCGGGAGAGUUUGAAAGUUUGAAUACCGAGGGCGGCAGGAUCGGAGCGUCCAGUGGUGGGGGAGGACUGGGGGCCUCAAAGUAUUCGGGCGGUGAUAGUACCGCCGGCGAGGGGCGUGGAUCUAGGCAGACUGCUGGGUCGACUACUACAACUACGAGUGGUGGACAUGGUAAUCCCAGCAAGAAGGUCCCGCAUACCGCACGAAAUGAAGAGACACUGGAGCCAGGACUGGAUUGGUCGAAGGUGCCGAAGGACACUAAAAUAACAACCGAUAUCGAUAGUAACGAGGACCCAGGCCGUGCCGGGGCGAUCCAUAUGCUUGCGCAGAAGGCAAAGAGGGAUUAUGCUAUGGGUACCACAAGGGGUAAAGGUGGUGACAAUGAGAAUCGUUUUGAUUUGUUGAAUGAUAGUGAGGGCGCUCCUGGGACGGAGAAGCCUAGCAGGACUUUAAGUUUGUAG